AUGGCAGCAGAUAAAGGCAAUAUUAAGGGUUACGCCCUUUGCAGAAAUAGCCCCAGACUAACCCAUCUCUUUUUUGCAGAUGAUAGUCUAUUAUUUUGCAGGGCUACAAUCCAAGAGUGCCAACAAGUUUUGAAUAUUUUGGAGACUUAUGGCAGGUUUUCGGGUCAACGAAUCAAUAAAACAAAAACCACCAUCUUUUUCAGCAAGUCUACUCCUGAGGAAGUCAAAAACCAUAUCAAAUCGGCCUUGGAUGUACCGGUGAUCCUGCAAUAUGAGAAGUAUUUGGGGUUACCUUCAUUGGUGGGGAAAAAUAAAAAGGCCAGCUUCAAUUACAUUAAGGAGAGAGUUUGGAAAAAAAUUCAAGGGUGGAAGGAAAAACUUUUGUCUCAAGCAGGUAGAGAAAUCCUUAUUAAGGCCGUAGUUCAAGCAAUCCCAACUUACACAAUGAGUUGCUUUAAACUCCCCUUGGGUCUUUGUGGAGAAAUCGAAAGUCUUAUAAGGAAAUUUUGGUGGGGCCAAAAAGGAGACCGAAGGAAGGUACAUUGGGUAAAGUGGGACACACUUUGUAAGCCCAAAUCGGAAGGGGGCAUGGGAUUUAAAGAUUUGGCAAAUUUCAAUGAUGCUCUAUUAGCCAAACAAGCAUGGCGAUUACUUCACCAAAGAAACUCUCUAUUUUAUAGGGUUUUUAAGGUGAGGUUUUUCCCACAAUCUUCUAUCUUAGAAGCCCUUUAUUCAAGCACGGGAUCAUACGCAUGGCAUAGUAUUUUGAAAGGGAGAGACUUAGUGUUGAAGGGUGCACGAUGGAGAGUGGGAAGUGGUGAAGCCAUAAAUGUGUGGAACGAUGCUUGGUUGCCAUCCACAACUCAUCCGAGAAUUGAAGCUCAUGUGGUAUCAAGUUUUGAAGAUAUGAAAGUUUCUGUUCUCAUUGACCCAGCCACAAAGAAGUGGGACCUUAACAUGUUGAAUGGACUCUUCACUACCCAGGAGGUAGAGUUGAUCUCAAGCAUUCCUUUGUGUCCCAAUGCAGUGGAGGAUGUUGUUGUUUGGCCCUUUACUCCUUCAAGUACUUACACGAUGUAUGUGAACUGUGCAAGCUCGAGUCUGAGUCAGUUAUCCAUGCUCUAUGGGGAUGCUCACAGCUCACACAGAAACCAAGUACGAACAUCUUCCAAGGAGUAUCCACUAUCACUAGUAGCUUCAACAGUGUCGCAAGCACUAGCUGACUUCCAACGGGCUAACUCCUCUGAUGUUCCGCAACCCAGAAGCUUUGGCCAAUCAUGGACUCAAUGGACUCCACUGGCAGAAGGAGAAAUCAAAGUAAACUUUGACGGAGCCCAGUUCAGAGAUUUGGGUAAAGCAGGUUUGGGAGUCAUCAUUCGGGAUAGCAGAGGACAAGCGCUUAUGUCUCUGUCUGAGCAAGCACAUCUGCCUUUCUCUCUAGAAAUUGUCGAAGCUAUGGUAGUAGCUAGAGCUAUCUCCUUUGCACAGGGUCUUAGCUCCACCUCCUUCGUACUAGAGGGGGAUUCGGUGAAUGUUAUAAAAGAAAUGCAGUCUGAUGAUGAGUCCCUUUCUCCAUAUGGUCAUAUCCUCAGCUCGGCAAAAUCCAUGGUGGUAACAGGAAGUAGUAUUAAGUACUCGCAUGUGGGUCGAACUGGUAACAUUGUAGCACACAACCUAGCUAAACAUGCUAGACAUGUUAGAGGUUUUUCGGUGUGGACGGAGGAUGUUCCUCCACACCUUUCUCAUGUAAUUUUUGCCGACCAUGGCUGA